ACCGGCCAGCUCCAGCUUCCGCCGGCGCCGCCCAUCACCGGCAAAACCAGAUGGAUAACCAAAAAAUUCAAGCAGCAGUUCUUGCCACAGUUGCAUCUGUCCUUGCUGUGGGAGCUAUAAUAUUAGAAGAUAUUAGGUCUAGGAGAUUUAUAAUUAGGCAACCUCGUGUGAACCGGGAUUAUGAAAGAGAAGGUUUUAUAAGUGAUAUUCUUCAUCGAGGUGACGCACGUUGCAGUUUUAUGAUAAGAAUGAGACCUGUAGCUUUCUAUGAAUUAUGUAGAAUUCUUGUUGAGAGAAAUUUGGUACGUGAGACUAUCUACAUGUCUGUUACAGAGCAGGUGUUGAUGUUUUUGCAUAUUAUUGGCCAUAAUGUUAGGUUUCGAGUCAUUGCUGCCAGGUUCCAUAGAUCGAUUGAGACAGCUUAUCGAUAUUUUAAAAUUGUCCUUAAAGCAGUUUUGCAGUUAUAUAGGCAUGUUGUUAGAUUAUCUGACAACUCUACACCCCCAGAGAUAAGGAAUAGUAGAAGGUUUUAUCCUUACUUUAAGGAUUGUGUGGGAGCAAUUGAUGGAACUCAUGUCCGUGCAUCCGUUCCAAUUGAAAUCCAAGGAAGUUUCGUUUGA